AUGAAAAAACGAUCCUACACUCACCAAGUGCAAACAGUGGGCAACAAUCAGCAUGGCUCGAACUCGAAGGAGGAUCAACACAACUCACAGGCUACGAACAGUGGGCAACAACUUCAAUCAGCAUGGCUCGAGCUCAAAGGAGGACCAAUACACUCACAGACUGGGAUGACAAGUCACAAGCAUAUCGUUGGGUUGAAUGCUCGGAGAUGGCGUGUGCUGGUGAUGGACGGGGGGUCGGUUGCGAAUGGCGAAGUGAGGGCUGCAGUUGAUGGUGGCAGCAUGGGCUGCAUAGUCCAAGCUAUGCGAGGUGCAAGUGAUGGCGAUGGUGGUGCAAAUGAUGGGUGUGCAAGAAUAAGUGCUGGUGAAGUGGCGUGCAGUGAAUGGCGCACCCAUGGUACUGGGUACUUCCUGCUGGUUGGAACAUGUGCAAAGAGUCGUGCUGGGUUUGCUGUCACUGGUAGCACUUGUUGGCAUGUAACGGGCAUGUGCACUUGGCACUGGGGCUUGCUGGAAGUGGGUGGGCGUGGUGGGUGCUGGUCUUGGUGGUGGUUGUGGCUGAGGUGCUGGUGCUGGUGUGAUGUGAGCAGGAAUGCCGAAAUUUUCAAAAACGGAGAAAACUCAGAAUACAUAAGGGAUGAGAGACUGAGUCGAAAUCCGAGAGAAUGA